UUUAGUUCCCCUUUCGCGGGCUGACAACCGGACAAGACAACAUGGACGUAGAGAUGGCAGACAGGGAAAGCGACCAGAAGCCGAGUGGAAGCGGGGUAAAGACGGACACCGAGGCCGGGGAGUCCUCGUCGAAAAGCUCCGGGAGUUCCUACGAGCUGCCCUGGGUGGAGAAGUACCGGCCGCUGAAACUGAAUGAGAUAGUUGGGAACGAGGAGACGGUGAGCCGCCUGGAGGUGUUCGCCAGGGAGGGAAACGUCCCGAACAUCAUCAUAGCAGGACCUCCAGGGACAGGGAAGACCACCAGCAUCCUGUGUUUGGCCCGCACUCUGCUGGGGGCCGCCAUGAAGGACGCCGUGUUGGAGCUCAACGCCUCCAACGACAGGGGCAUCGAUGUGGUGAGAAACAAGAUCAAGAUGUUCGCCCAGCAGAAAGUCACGCUGCCCAAAGGUCGACACAAGAUCAUCAUCCUAGAUGAAGCGGACAGCAUGACAGAUGGCGCUCAGCAGGCGCUCAGGAGGAUCAUGGAGAUCUACUCCAAAACGACUCGGUUCGCUCUCGCCUGCAACGCCUCCGACAAGAUCAUCGAGCCGAUCCAGUCGCGCUGCGCUGUGCUACGCUAUGCCAAGCUGACGGACGGCCAGGUGCUGGCCCGGCUGCAGGAAGUGGUGGAGCAAGAGCGGCUGGCCGUAUCUGACGACGGGCUGGAGGCCGUCAUCUUCACAGCACAGGGGGACAUGCGGCAGGCGCUGAACAACCUGCAGUCCACCCACUCUGGCUUUGGCUACAUCAACAGCGAGAACGUGUUCAAAGUGUGCGACGAGCCGCACCCCUUGCUGGUGAAAAGCAUGCUGGGACACUGCGUGGCAGGGGACAUGGACGCAGCGUACCGGGUAGUGGAGCAGCUGUGGGCGCUGGGCUACUCCCCCGAGGACAUCAUGGGGAACAUCUUCAGGGUCUGCAAGACGUUCCAGAUGGCCGAGUACCUGAAGCUGGAGUUCAUCAAGGAGAUCGGCUUCACUCACAUGCGAGUGGCUGAAGGAGUGAACUCCCUGCUGCAGAUGGCCGGCCUGCUGGGAAGACUCUGCAGCAAGACGGCGCCCCCUGCUGCCAGCUGAACAACAUGAACCCAACAGACUUCAUUCCUCACCAGAACCACGGUGUGGCUGGAACAAACUGGACCUGAGAGGAUGAUGACAGUUUCUGACCCCUGGAGGUUCUGAAGGGUUAAAGUUUUCCCACCGUUAGAUAAUAAACUGUUUGAUCUGCA